UCAUUAAUAGAUUUGUAUGCAUCUUUAAUAGAUUUGUAUGCAUCUUUGAUAGAUUUGUAUGCAUCUUUUAUAGAUUUGUAUGCAUCUUCAAUAGAUUUGUAUGCAUCUUUAAUAGAUUUGUAUGCAUCUUUAAUUGAUUUGUAUGCAUCAUUAAUUGAUUUGUAUGCAUCUUUAAUAGAUUUGUAUGCAUCUUUAAUAGAUUUGUAUGUAUCUUUAAUAGAUUUGUAUGCAUCUUUAAUAGAUUUGUAUGCACCUUUAAUAGAUUUGUAUGCACCUUUAAUAGAUUUGUAUGCACCUUUAAUAGAUUUGUAUACAUCUUUAAUAGAUUUGUAUACAUCUUUAAUAGAUUUGUAUACAUCUUUAAUAGAUUUGUAUGCAUCUUUAAUUGAUUUGUAUGCAUCUUUAAUAGAUUUGUAUGCAUCUUUAAUAGAUUUGUAUGCAUCUUUAAUAGAUUUGUAUGCAUCUUUAAUAGAUUUGUAUGCAUCUUUAAUUGAUUUGUAUGCAUCUUUAUAG